AGGCGCCCACCCUUUGGAGAGCGGCGUCCCAGGAAGGCGGGGCUACGGCUCAGGGGUGGGGCAGGGAGGCCACGUGACCCGGUUGCUAUGGCACCGCGGUCACAAUCAGGCCCAAGGCCCCCCUGAGGCGACCCCACCCCAGCCCUGGCGCCCCUCGUCCAGGUCCCCCCUCCAGGGCUCCAGUCACGCGGCUGCGGGCGCUCUGGGAGCCGAGGGCGUUGCAGGACGAGCGAGGCUGUUGGUCACAGUCACGGAGCGUGAGAAUCAGCAGGGCCCUGGCCCAUUCUACAGAUGUAUAAACGGAGGCCCAGAAAGGGGAAGAGUCACGCUCAGGGUCACCCACUAAGUCAGAGGAGGCAGGGCUGGAACUAAGCGCCCAGACCCCAGCCCAGAGACACCCUGAAUCACAAAGCCAGGGCCUGAGCCUUCCCCCAAACUGCUUCCUCAAAGCGCUCAAGCCCUGGACAGCAUGUCAGACUCGACUGCAAAGGCAGCUGGGGACGAAAAGGAAACUGACUCCCCUGAACAGAAAACACAACUACCAAGCCUGCAAUUUGCACCGGAGAGAUCCCUCGUGUCCCCCAAGUGACCACUGACGAUGUCGAUGAAUGAAGUCAAAGAUUCGCUCCGCAGUGUGGAGCAGAAGUACAAGCUCUUCCAGCAGCAGCAGUUCACCUUCAUUGCAGCCCUGGAGCACUGCAGGGAGAAUGCGCACGACAAGAUCCGGCCCAUCUCCAGCAUUGGACAGGUGCAGAGCUACAUGGAACACCACUGCUACAACUCUACGGACCGGCGGAUCCUGCUCAUGUUCCUGGACAUCUGUUCGGAGCUGAACAGGCUCUGCCAGCACUUCGAGGCCGUGCACUCUGGCACCCCGGUCACCAACAACCUCCUGGAGAAAUGCAAAACCCUGGUCAGCCAAAGCAAUGACCUGAGCAGCCUGAGAGCCAAGUACCCUCAUGGUGUGGUGAACCACCUCAGCUGUGACGAAGCCAGGAACCACUAUGGGGGCGUGGUCAGCCUCAUCCCCCUGGUCCUGGACACCGUGAAAGAAUGGAUCGCCCACUCGGAGAAGCUGCCCCGCAAGGCGCUGCAGCAUGUGAGUGUGCCCCCAGCUCACCAGAAAGCCACUGGGGCAGCCACUCAACCUCUGCCUUGGCUAAGAAAACUCAAGUGUAGGCAACUUGGGAAAGACAACCUCAGACCUAGGGGGAAAGACAAAGGACAUUCCAAACCCCCCUGGAGGCCACCUGGUGGGAAACUGUAACCCAGGGCCAGGGACCUGCUGCACUUUGGGUGCUGUUUAAUCAGUUUCGUUCAAACUGGUUGACCCAUUCUUGCUGGUACUCCCAGUCCCUGCCGUGAACCCUGAAGGGGGCCAAUACACUGCUGAGAAUCUCUCUUCUCGCUUUCACUUCUAACUCUUUGAUUCCAAUCUCUAUGGUAUGGAUGAGGAUCCCCACUUAACAAACUCCCCAAACAGUGUGGUGUUGGUAGUGGGUGUCCAGAGGAGGGGCACUGAACCAGCGCCCACCAGUGUACCUGGGCUGCUCCAGCUGUGGCGCCUGGGCAGUGAGGAGAGGCCUGAGCUCUCUGUAGGACAGAGUUGCUCCUGCUGCCCAAUGGGAGCUCAAGGGUCAGGCUGUGUUCAGAACAAAGGGGAUGAACCCAAACAUCCCUCUCCUUUACUUGGAAAAAGGAGGCCAUGACAGAAGCUGAAGAACUCUAUUCUGUGGCUCUUGAGCAAGCACUGUUAAGGCCUGGACACUGUAAAAUGUGUCCCUGGCUUCUGAGUGUGAGGAAGUCACGCUGACUGUUGGUUUUUC